UUCCCGGUAAGUAUAUAAGCCUCGAAUUGGAGAACAAGCAACCCAACUAUUUAUCAGAUCGAACUACCCAAAAGUUCUUCUCUUUUUCCUUUUCUUUCUCUUAUUUAUUACACACCAUUUUUUAUUUUUUGUUUUCGUUUUUAUCUUUUUCGACAUUUUCCAUUUCUAAACAUUAGAUUGAACGACGAAAGAAACCCGCAUCAAGAUUUUCCUGUUUCUUUCCUUAACUGGUAGAAACAUCCAGCCUUCGAAAUCGAGUUUUGAACAACCAUGAAACACAGUUGUAUUGAUGAAGAGGAUGAACACAGCCAAGGUUCUUCUUACUGAGCCUCCUCUCAGAUCUUGAGUUUUGAUCUCGGUGUUUCUAGAAUCCAGUCGGGCUUUGUUGAAGAUUAGGAACGUCUCGAAUUCUCGAUUGUUGGAUUGGUGAUCCGAUGCGAUAAUACCCAGGCUUGCUCGUCUGAUUGUUAAUUGAAAGCAAAGAAAAUGCAAUCCGAUCUUGGCAAGCUAUUCAUCGGUGGGAUAUCAUGGGAUACAAAUGAAGAACGUCUACAUCACUAUUUCAGUAGAUACGGCGACGUUUUGGAAUCAACGAUUAUGAAAGAUCGAGCCACUGGUCGUGCUCGUGGAUUCGGCUUUGUAGUCUUUGCCGAUCCUUCUGUUGCAGACAGAGUCACCAAAGAGAAACACAACAUCGAUGGCAGAAUGGUUGAAGCAAAGAAGGCAGUUCCUAGAGAUGACAAACUCACAAUGAGUAGAAACAAUAACAUUAGUAGCAUUAAGAGUUCACCUGGACAAACAAGAAAGAUAUUUGUAGGAGGUUUAGCAUCGACAGUAACUGAAAACGACUUCAAGAUGUAUUUUGAGCAAUUUGGAAAAGUUACAGAUGCUGUGGUUAUGUAUGAUCAUAAUACAAAAAGACCUAGAGGAUUUGGUUUCAUCACAUAUGACACACAAGAUGCAGUCAACAAUGUCUUAUCAAAAACAUUUCACCAACUAAACGGAAAAACGGUUGAAGUCAAACGCGCUGUUCCAAAAGAACUCUCACCGGGUCCCACUCCCACUCGAGCUAUACUUAGCCCGUAUCCUUAUGGUUUGAACAGGACUAAUAGUGUUCUUAAUGGACCAAUUGGAGGUUACAAUGUUGGGAUGGAUAGUAGAUUCGGUUUGAAUUCUGGAUAUGGAAUUGGAAUGGAGUUGAAUUUUGAACCGAAUACUUUACCCUAUGGAAGGGGAUUGAGCCCUUAUUAUGGGGAUUCAAGUAGGUUUAGGAGUCCUGUAAGUUAUGAUGGUGGAAAUGGGAACAACAUUUCUUUCUUUAGUUCAAAUCCUGGUAACUUGUGGGCUAAUGGAGGAGUUGAUCCUAUAAGGUCUUUGGUUUCCCCUCAACAUGGUGGUAAUGGUGGAGGGUUUGGAAGGAACACUAGUGGGGGUGGUUAUGAUCCACCUUUUUCAGACGUUUAUGGUGGUGGUGGUGGCGGCUCGAGAGACCUGACAUGGGGGUUGGAGGGAGAUGGGAUUGGUUUGUUUGGUGGGUUUGGGAAUUGAUGGGUAGUAGGAAAUGCGGGAUCCGUGUAUUAGAUGAAAUGUGAAUUUUGCAUACUAUGAAAAAGUUGGAUAUGUCCUCCCGAGCUAUAACUAGACUGCUUGGAUAGUGAUAGAAGGUUUAUAAAAGUGAACCAUUUAUGUGUGAAUUUUGAGUUGCUUUUUGUUUUCGAGUUAUAUGUAAAACUAAGCUGCGGAGUAUAUAGUGAGAAUGUUGUUAUUUUUGCAACUUUUGUGGGUUGGGUGAACGUAAAGAAAGACACACAAUGAAUUACUACUUGUUUUAGUUUUUA